UCGAUCGGAUUCCUGUGUGGGCAAAUAUUCCGCGACAACAUGCGAGCUGCAGGCCAGUGCUCCGCCCUGUGCCUCAGCGGAGGGUCCAACAUCCACGUCCGGAUGAAGGAGGCACAUUUAUUUUGCUUAAAUCUGAACCAUGAAAGAGAAGAGUCCAAAAACUGUCUUUAAGGAUGGAUUUCUAUGUGUCGUGAUCGUCUCCGUGUCAAAUCAGGAAGGAUCUGAAAUUCUGGUUUCAAAUCGGGCCAGCUGAGCUCCAUGUCCGACUCGGACCUUGUGAAGAGUGGGGGCCUUGAAUCCCACUCCCCUCCGAGCCCCAGGAUGGAGCUGCUCGGCCCCUCCAAGGGGAAGGACCGCUCCCACAGCGUCACAGAGAAGGUCACGCAGGUACUUUCUUUGGAGUCCGAUGUGCUGCCUGAACACAAACUGCAAGUGCCAGAGACAACAUGGUGGAUCUUGCUUCACUACAGCCCCUUCAAGGCAUUCUGGGACUGGAUUAUUCUCCUUCUGGUCCUCUACACGGCUGUUUUCACUCCUUUCUCGGCCACCUUCCUCCUUGACGAACACGGGGAUCUACGUCGACGGGGCUGCGGCUUCACUUGCGACCCUCUGAGCGUGGCGGACCUUUUGGUGGACGUGCUGUUCAUCGUGGACAUAGUCAUCAACCUUCGCACGACGUACGUGGACCGAAACGACGAGGUGAUCACGCAGCCGAGCCGGAUAGCCAAGCACUAUAUCAAAGGCUGGUUCCUGAUUGAUCUGUUUGCGGCGAUCCCUUUCGACCUUCUCAUUUUCAGAUCAGGCUCCGACGAGAUGGCCACCUUAACAAGUCUGCUGAAAACGGCGCGGCUGCUGCGAUUGGUCCGCGUGGCAAGAAAACUAGACCGAUAUUCCGAGUACGGGGCCGCCGUCCUGUUCUUGCUCAUGUGUACCUUCGUGCUCAUCGCCCAUUGGCUCGCCUGCAUUUGGUACGCCAUUGGCUUUGUGGAGAGGCCGUACACGGAGACAGGCUGGCUGGACAACCUGGCCGAACAGCUGGGCAAGUCCUACAACGAUAGUGACUCUGCCUCCGGUCCGUCGGUCAAAGACAAGUACGUGACGGCACUUUACUUCACUUUGAGCAGUCUGACGAGUGUGGGGUUUGGUAACGUGUCUCCAAACACCAACUCGGAGAAGAUCUUCUCCAUCUGCGUCAUGGUCAUCGGCUCUCUCAUGUACGCCAGCAUAUUUGGGAAUGUGUCCGCCAUCAUCCAGCGGCUGUACUCUGGCACAACCCGAUACCACACCCAGAUGCUGCGAGUGAAAGAGUUCCUGCGAUUCCACCAAAUCCCCGGCUGCCUUCGCCAAAGGCUAGAGGAGUACUUCCAGCACGCCUGGUCCUACACAAAUGGCAUCGACAUGAAUGGUGUGUUGAAGGGAUUUCCAGAGUCCUUGCAGGCAGACAUCUGUUUGCACUUGAACAGAUCUCUGCUGCAGAACUGUAAGGCUUUCCAUGGAGGCAGCCAAGCCUGUCUGCGCGCUUUGAGUAUAAGAUUCAAGACGGUCCACGCUCCUCCAGGAGAUACUCUGAUCCACUACGGGGAAAUCCUGGACUCUCUCUUUUUCAUCUCGCGCGGUUCCAUCCAGGUCAUCAGGGAUGAUGUAGUGGUCGCCAUACUAGAAAAGAACGACAUCUUUGGAGAGCCCAUCCACCUGUACGAUGAGCCGGGGAGGUCCAACUCAGAAGUGUACUCCAUCACCUACUGUGACCUGCACCGCGUCCAGAGGGACGACCUGUUGGAGGUCCUUGACAUCUACCCCACUUUUGCAGAAAAAUUCUGGAGGAACCUGGAGAUAACGUUUGACCUCAGAGAUGUUGAUCCGGUACCACCAAUAAUAACAACUGACGACUCUGGUGACGACUUUGGGUAUCGCCACAAGCCGAGACACAAAAUCCACUCCCUGGACUGCCGAAUCCGACCGGAUGGAAGCGAUCACGAGGACUCGUACUCCCUCCGUCACCGUCACUCACCUCCUCAGAGCCACUGGGAUGACCGCUGUAGCUGUGGAUCCCAUUGCUCCCAGUCCAGUGAAGACCUGGCUAAAUCCCCCGACCACGAAGCCAAAGAGGAGCUUUACCCGCCGGAAGAUGCAAGACGAGACUAUUCCACCCCUGUAGUACAGCUGCCCCCCCAGAGUGACACCUCAUUGGGGAGGGAUGCAGCGUUGGACCAAGCUUCUUCUUUGAAUGUGCCGGAGAUGUACGGACACCGUCCAGAGCGUCAGUCACCGCAGUUUCCCACUCGUGCCUGGCGUUCUUCAUCCGUCCGCGACUCAUACCACCCGCCGGCGUUCAUAGAAGAGCGGCCCGGUGAGCUGGAGUCCCGACUUGAGGUUCUACAUUCACAGCUCAACAGACUGGAGACUCGCAUGACAGCAGACAUCAACGUCAUUCUCCAACUUCUUCAGAGGCAGAUCGUACCUCCGGCUUACAGCACCGUGUCGUCUAGUACUGGGACACCAGAGCAGCACGGCGCGUGUCCCAUUUCUGCCAUUCAGAUGGACACUAGGGUACCCGCACAGAAUGAGUCGCAGGAGUCCGUGUCGAGCGGUAUCCAUGUGACCGCAGCGUCGGACGACACCACGUUCACGACCACCACCCCGGAGACCGAGACCCAUGCGGGGUCGAUGCCGCUGCCACCGGGCGGAGCCUUCCUGGCGGGAGGCCCGAGGCUGGGCCGCGGCCUUCGCUACCCGUCACUGCCCGGGAAUCUGGACGUCAAUCCGGGACUCGGCGAGAUCCAGAAACACCUCUCGGAUCCCGUGGUUUCUGUCCUCUGACAACCUGCAGUGAAAGGCGGUUUUUCAGGGUGACCAGCGUGAAGUUGUGACGCACGGCUGCUUGGAAAAAGUCCGGAGGCAGCUGUGGGACCAGUGCAGGAUUCAGGCCACCAUCACAUAUUUGGACAGGAAGUAAAGUGAUUUGAAAUUGGAUCGAGGGUUUCCCUUUUGUAGAGUAUCGACGCUGGAUUACACUCAGUG